UGUAUCUCAAAGGAGUUAGCAGGGGCCCCCUCAGGAGGGCCCCUUGGAUCCAUUUUAUUUCUCCUUCUGUACCAGAAUGGUUACAACAUCUGCAACCUGCUAAAAACAUGCUUUGAAUCUACAAGAAACUCUAUUGGAUUUUAGGAUCGCUGGGAAAGUAUGAUAACAUCUGCGACAGAAAAAAAGAUAAAGUCGAAAGUUUUUGUCACGCGACAAUCCACCCCUCAAUUUAUGAAUGGGGAUGUGGUCUACAUGUGUGUGUAUAUAGGGGAUAUCUUCGAUAAUUUUCCUUAACAACGAAACAAUAACGUGUCAACAAGAGUUUGGAUGACUAUAGGAUGACUAUAAUAUAUUUUGUCAAAACGUAAGAAAGACGCCGCUUUUACAGCCACCAUGGUAUAUGUGAGUGAAGUAACAAAUCUGAUGGAUCGGAUGAUGAAAGUGAAUAUUUUCCACCCAUUAGAGAAGCUUCGGAUGUUGAGAGAUGAAGAAAAGACAUUUCUCGAUCCAAAUUUCAUAAUGAAUGCGAGGCAUCGUAUAUCGCGGGAGAACAUGUCUGCUUCACCCGUGAAUAGCUCCGUUUUGGCAGAAGCUAGAAAGUAUGAUAUAAAAAAUAAUGAAGAUACAAAAAUUAUGAAGGAUAAUUUUGAAAUUCAAUUUCGUAGAUUAUUGAUGCAAGAAGAGACGAAACAAUUAUAUAUGAAGAAACAACAACGAUUCUUGGAAAGGGAAUUGAAAAAAUUUGAAAUGGAAAUAAGCAAAUCUCGACCAAAAUUCUCGAAAUCCUACACAUGUACGAAAAGAAAUUUUAUACCCUCGGAUGAUGAUUUUUGGAAGAUAUCUAGGGAAUUAAGAAACAAGAUAACAGUUGAAGAGAAAAAGAAUCAGAUCAAUAGUAAUCAUAAUGAAAGUAUAGAUUCCGUUUAUAAGAAAAAUACGAUAAUAGAUACCGACGAUUCUUUGUUAAAACUGGAAAAUGAAAAAACAGAGUGCGAAUUAUCAUCUAUUGGAAACAUAAAAGUAACGAUUAAAGAUAAAACUAACUUUGAAAUAGAAACGCAACGUUUACAUCUUUUAAGGAAAUACUUUGAUAUUUUAAAACAACAUGCGACAGAAAAACAACGUUUACGCGAGAUUAAAAUGAAGAUUCAACAGAAUAUGAUAAUGAAGAUAAUAAGAAAGUAUUUCGAUAUUUGGAAAACCUGUAUGAGAGAUGCGAAAAAUAAUAUUCAGAAGCAGACAGAAAAAAAAGAGGUUUCCGAAGAACGAAAAAUUGAAAUGUUUAUAAAUACAAUUAUAGAUUGUCAGAAAGAACUAAUGAAAAAAAGUCAAAAACCAAGAACUAGAAAUGAUAUUUUAAUGGCGGAAGAAUCUAAUAAAGUACAUAUGAAGAAAAAAACCACUUAUUGCAAACGUAUUAUUGUCGACCCACCAGCACAAUGUCGAUUAAAUGCUCAGAAACAGAUAAUAGAAAAGCAGAAAGCUAAAUUAGCCGAACAGACAAAGAUAAUCGAGGAAUUAAAACUGAAACAGAUGCAAAAAGAAAUAUCAUGGGCAAAUAGGGAGACAAUGGACAUAGCAAAGAAAACUCUCACUAAUUGUGGACGAAGUACGAGGAGAACAUUGAUUCAAUUAAUGCAACAAAAUGGUUACAGAGACGAAAGUUUAACGAUACCUCAACAUCCACCGGAUCCACCAAAAUUUUUAUUAAGAAUGGAAGCGCGAGCAGAAGCUAGACGAAAAAGAGUAAAAUUGGCUGAAGAGAUACGUAAACAGAAACUAGAAGAACAAAAAAGUAAAGAAGAAGCUGCUAAAAUAGAAGAGGAACAGAAGAAGAGAAGAUUACAACAAGAGGCUUUAGCCGAAGCAAGAAGAUUACGAAAAGAACAAGAACAAAAUCGACAACGUGAAGUAGAAAAAUUUCGAAGAUUAAACAAUGUAGCGGAUGAAUUCUAUCGAAAGUAUCUUCUACGACAUUAUAUAAUGGAACCAUUCAUAAUAUUUAUUGAAGAAUUACGGAUUAAUACUAAAAAAGCAGAGGAUCAUUAUAAAGAAAAAUUGACAAAGAAAAUUUUUACAAUAUGGAAGAAAGAAGUAGACAUUCAAUACAAAAUGAAAAUUGAAGUUGUUGAAUCAUUUUAUAAUAUGAAUUUAACGAUAAGAAUAUUUAAAGAAUGGAAAGAGGAAGUUAAGGAAUUAAAUUCGAAAUGUCAAGUUGCAAUAGAUUUUCAUGAUAUGAAACUCUUAGAUAAAUAUUUUAAAUUAUGGCAAGUAACAAUACUCGAAUAUAAAGCAAGAUUUGAAGAAAAAAGAAAGUUAGUUAUCAAAUUUUAUGAAAAUAGAUUAAAAGUCAAGUAUUUUGGUACUUGGAAGAAAUAUCUCACGAUUGUUGCAGAUAUUAAAGAAAGUGAAAAAAGAAAAAACGAAUUGCGACAGUUAGUGCAGGAACUGAUUCCUGAUUUUGAUCCUAAACAGAGAGGUGUAGCAUUGGAGGAUUAAAGUCAAUCUAUAACACAUUGUAUCACAAUGGUAUGUUUAAGUUUAUAUAACACAAUGACUGUUAUUCAUUUUACAUUAUGUUGUAUAGAAAAGAUGUAAACAUUUAUCAUACUUAAUUUAUGUAUAUUCAAAUCUUAGAUAUACUAUACAUAACUGAUUAAUAUAAUUUAUCAUUUUAAUUAGUACAAUGGCCACUUUAUCACAGUUAUAAUGAAUAUACAAAUAAUGUGCGCGAUAGUAGAGUAAAAAUAAUUAAAUCUAUAAUCAAGAUCAGGACGUCGUGAUUUGUCUUUAUUAAGUUCAAUACUAUGAGCAAUAGCUUCAGAUUAUUAAGUACUUUAUUAUUAUAAAAACAGGAUAAAAAUGAACAUUAAAGUAUAUUAAAGUGCAUUGUGAAAUAAAUAUUAAAAUGUAUGUUCUGCUUUCACAUACCGCUGUUGUUUUGGCCUUAAUUGUUUCAAAUUUUCUAGUAUUCUUUGUAAAGUAUCAUCUCCCAUACAAAGUAAAUUUAAUAAUUUAGUCUAUAUUUACUAUCUAAGUUUUGCAACAAAAUAAUCUAGAUACAUUUUUUAACAUCCCAUGGUCACAUGGACUUCCAGCUUCUAGAAGACGUCGUUCAUUCGAUGUUGUACCAAGGUAAAUUAACCAAAGAUGAUAUAUUAAAUAACAAACUAUCACUAGCCCAACAAGCAAACUGUAGAGUGCCGAGAUGAAGCAAAGGGCAAUGCUGAAACAAUAUGUACAUUAUUAUACUUUGAUUGGGUAUUCAAAGCAAACAGUUGCAUGACAUGUUAUCUAUCCAACUCUUAUAUUCUGAGAAAAGCAAAUAAGAGAUAUUACAAUAUUUAUGACGUUAACACAA